AUGGCUAAUAAUGCAAAAACUUAUGUUAAUCUUGUAUUUCUUUUAGCUAUUGCCUUAUCGCUCCAUGUUAUCCAAGGUCAAGUUCAACCUCCAAUCGAUGCUAUCUAUCAAUUUGGAGACUCGAUCUCAGAUACUGGUAAUUUAAUACGCGAUAAUUUCAUUGGUGAACAUUCACCCUUUGCCUCACUUCCAUAUGGACAAGACUUCUUCCAUGAAGCAACUGGACGUUGCUCCAAUGGUCGUCUUAUGAUUGAUUUCUUUGCCGAAUACUUCAAGUUCCCAUACCUUGAUGCAUACCUAAACAAGGCUGGUAACUUUAGUCAUGGAGUCAACUUCGCGGUUGCUGGGUCAACGGCUCUUACCACUGGUACCUUAGCACUUAAAGGAAUUAUUUCACCUCUCACCUGGAGUUCUUUAUCAGUACAGCUUAACUGGUUCCAGUCUUAUCUUACUUCCAUUUGUCCCGAUCUAAAUGAUUGCAAAAAUAAGCUUGCCAACGCGCUUUUUAUUAUUGAAUCCGGUGGCAAUGACAUCAACUAUGCUGUAAUGGAAAGGAAAAAUAUUCAAGGCAUAUAUGGUAUGGUACCCGAGGUUAUUGGGGCUGUUAAAGCCGCCAUUGAAGAAGUAAUUAACUUUGGUGCAACUCGUGUUGUCGUUCCUGGAAAUUUUUUAUUCGGUUGUAUGCCAAUUUAUCUCUAUAUGUUUCCACCUAACAACGCAACAUUGUAUGAUGAACUACACUGUGUUGAACAAUUGAUUGAGUUAAGCACGUUCCAAAACAAUUUCCUACAAAAAACUCUUAAGGAACUUCAAGCGGAACACCCGUUGGUUAAAAUCGUCUAUGCUGACUACUUUAAUGCCAUGAAAGGACUCCUUCAAAACGCCACUGCUCUUGGAUUCGACGAAACACUAAGGACGUGUUGUGGAAUGGGUGAUAAUAGUGCCAAUUUCGGUAUAACAAAAAUUUGUGGAUUUAAAGGGGUUCCGGUGUGUCCAAAUCCUGACAAGAGUGUAAGUUGGGAUGGAAUUCAUAUGACUGAACGUGCUUACAAAAUCAUGGCGGACUGGUUAUUGCAACAUAACAUUCUUCCUGCCAUCUCCAAAGCAGCUUGAUUUG